AUGUUCUUCAAGAAGUCUGCUGUCGCCCUGGCCUUUGUGGCCCUCACCAACAUUGUUUCCGCCGGCCAGACCCCGGCCUGUCUUCUGUCGGUGAUUGGCAACACGCCCAACCCAGCCAAGCUGUCGGAUAUUUGCGGCUCGGACGCGCAUAAGAUUCAGUCUGCCAUCGAGAAGGAGUGCGGGGACAAGUCGGAUGCGGCCCUGAAGUUCUUCGCCAACACUUGCAAGGACGCCGGCCACAAAGUUGAGUCCUCGUCUACCACGAGCUCCACUUCUGGCACCUCCGCCAGCGCCAGCGGCUCGUCCACCAGCUUCGUUACCUCGGCUUCGGCUGGCGAGUCUUCUCCCACCUCUGGCUCUUCGAGCGGCGGCUCGAACACCAGUGGUGGCUCUGGCUCUGCGUCUGGUAGUGCUCCCUCUGGUGCGGCUUCUCCUUCGUCAAGCAGCGGUGCCGCCGUGUCUGACCGACAGUUCUCUGCGACCACUUUCGCUGCUGUCGUGUUUAUCGGUGCUGCCGCUGUGCUGUGA